CGGCUAUGAUAAACUCGAGAUGGUUUAAGGUGCCUAUAAUAAUUAUGAAUUAAGAAACAACUUUAUAUUUGUAUAAAAUCUUUAUUUUAACAAAAUGAUACGGCAUAUACGCUCGCUGACGCAAAUGCGCAAAUGUUUAAUUUCAUGUAACCAACGCCAAUAUUGUGCAUCAAAAAACCAAACUAAUGAAAAUCAAUCUCAAGAAAAAACCCGGCAGAGUAAAGAACAUGUUAAGAGAUCCGCUGUACCCGCAAUAAGAAAUCCGUUUGCUGAUGCAAGUGAAAAAACAAAACAGACUUACCUAACAAUGGUCGAAAUAUUUGAGGAACGUGAUGUGCAUCGACGCAAUCAUGUUGAAUUUAUAUAUGCCGCGUUAAAGAACAUGGCCGAUUUUGGAGUGGAACAUGAUUUAGAUGUUUACAAAGCACUUAUUAACGUCAUGCCUAAAGGGAAAUUUAUACCUUCAAAUAUAUUUCAAGCUGAGUUUAUGCACUAUCCCAAACAACAACAGUGUAUAAUUGAUUUGCUAGAACAGAUGGAGGAUUUGGGUGUUAUGCCUGAUUAUGAAAUGGAAGAUAUGCUACUUAAUGUAUUUGGGCGCAGAGGUUAUCCCCUACGUAAAUAUUGGCGUAUGAUGUAUUGGAUGCCGAAGUUUAAAAAUUUAUCACCUUGGCCCCUGCCGAACCCUGUACCGGAUGACACAAUAGAAAUUGCAAAGCUGGCUAUUGAACGUAUGUGCAGCGUUGACUUACGUUCUCAAAUAAAUAUAUAUGAUACGAACGAAGUCAAACAUGCCAUUGACGAUACUUGGAUUGUAAGUGGUAUGAGUGCAGAACAGUCUCAACUUUUACGUGAUCAUCCCCGAGAAAAAGCUUUAUAUAUAGAAGGACCCUUUCUUAUAUGGCUACGAAACCGAUCUAUAAAUUAUUUUACGUUGCGAGCAGAUCCCGAUUUUGAACAGUUAAAGGAUUUUCAAAAUAAUGAUGAAGAUUUAGAUGAUAUAUCCCAUCUUAAGGCACCUCUUUUUAAUCAGUUUACAGUGCAUAACAAACAAAUUUCAAAAUGUCGCUCAGUGCAUCAACAGGAUGAUGGCACAAUUUUUGCAAUUUGUGCAACGGGAACAUCUACAAAAGACUCUCUUCUGUCGUGGGUUCGGUUACUUGAAGCUAAUGGCAAUCCUUCAUUGGGUGAAAAACCAGUUGUAUUUAAAUUUACAUCAGCAGUAGCAGAUAAAAGCCUAGAAAUUGAAGGACCAAAGGAUAUAGAUCAGAAUUCGACAUCGAAAACCGCAAUUAAAGAUGUAAGUUAGCAAUAAGUUUGAAUAAGUACGUAAAAUUUGUUUGUAUUUAUAUUAAAAAAUGUUAUAAAUAAAAUUUGGUUUAAG